CUAUUGAAGCAAAAAUCGACAAAGGAUUUCCUAUACAUGGAGCACUAUCAAGGAGCAAGAGUAGCAAUUUUUAAGGCUGAAACAGACAAGUUUCCAGAUCCUUAUGUAGAGGAGCUUGAAAAAGUUGGAUUCCUUCCAAAACUGGUGCCUGUUAUUACAUUCGACUUUUUCAAUUUGGAUCUUCUGAAGGAAAAGCUAUCGAAUCACGACAAGUUUUCAGGUCUUAUCCUCAGCAGUGAGAGAUGUGCCUUAGCAGUUCACAAGUCCAUCGAAGGCUCCGAGUCAAUUUUGUUGCCCUGGAAAAGCAAGAUAGUCGUGUGUGCUGGCGAGGCCACUGCCGAGAAGACAAAGAAUUUGACAGGACUGAGUCCGAUUUUUGGUGAAAAACAAAGAGCAGAAGGCAUCAUAGACCUGCUGGAAUCUACAAAUCCGACACCAAGAUUAAUGCUCAAUCCUUGCGGAGAGUUGGCCGCUAGCAGAGAUUCUUUAGCAACAGGACUCUCUUUGAAAGGAAUUAAUUGUGAAUGCUUGGCUGUGUACAAAACCAUCCCAAAUCCCUGUUUAAAGUCUGAACUUGAAAAUAUAUUUGUAAAGGAAGAAACCGAGUGGCCCAAACUUUUAAUUUUCUUCAGUCCUUCGGGAUUAAAAGCAGUCAUGGAAAAUUUAGUCAACUGUGAAAUCAUCAACUUUUGCAAGCUUGUUUCAAUUGGACCAUCAACGUCUACAGCUAUAAGAGAAAAUGGGUUUACUGUUUGGGCCGAGGCGGAAAACCCAAAUCCGAAAAGUUUAAGGGAAGCUAUAGAGAAAUCAGCUUAUCACUGUACCUGAUACAAAUAAAAUUAAAUUGUUAGG